CCUCUCUCUCUCUCACGGGAUUAAAAACCUUUGCUUGUUCGACUUUUAUCAUCUAGUGUUUUUUUUAAAGAGAGAUAGUUGUCUCUUCACACAUAGCAUAAAGUCACAGCACCGGUUAUCCCCGUCUAAAGUUCAUUUUUUUAAACUGUACGAGACGAUCAAGAGAUUGUAUUAAAACUAUUAACAAACGCUUGUUAACUACCAACUAUCAAGAUGCGUGUGCUUGCCUUCGUUAUGGCCUUCGUUGGUGUGGUGUCGCCAGUCUUCGCUUCGAUUAAUAUGGCGGACGUCAGCUGUGGGCGGCCUCAGACACGCGUAGGGCGGAUAAAGAACGGCGAGGAUGCUUAUCCAGGAGAAUUCCCUUGGCUGGUGUCCAUCCGCGUCGCUGGUCCAGGAAGCGCGCAUUUCUGUGGAGGGUCGCUCAUUCACAAGCGGUUCGUGCUCACCGCGGCUCACUGCGUCCACGCAAACUUACCGAGGUAUUUAGUGGUGGUAGCAGGCGAGCAUGACCUCAGUUCGAAAGGUCAAGAGCCAGAACAGAUCCUCGGAGUUAGUGAUAUAAUCUCGCACUCUAAUUAUUCAAAGCGCUACAUCAACGACAUCGCUCUCCUGAAGCUGAGCGAAGAUGCUGUUUGGUCCCGCUUCGUCCGACCCGUGUGUCUCCCAGACAAGCAGGUGGACGGACCCAAUGACCCCCUGGACGGAAAGCCCGUGACGGUGGCCGGAUGGGGCAACACUGAUGAGGCGAAGAACAACGGCAAACUCUCAGACAUCCUCCAGAAGGUGACGGUGGAGGUGCAGCCCCGUGCCAAGUGUGAGGAUUGGUACCACCAGGAGGUCGGUCGCCCCGUGGCACUCUAUGACACUCACCUGUGCGCCGGGCUGGAGGAGGGCGGCAAGGACUCGUGCCAGGGAGACAGCGGCGGCCCCCUGCUCAUCAGCGACAACCAGGGGCGUUUGGUCAACGUGGGCGUGGUGUCCAACGGCAUUGGCUGCGGGCGUCCGAGGGUGCCUGGCCUCUACACUCGCGUCUCCCGUUACAUCGACUGGAUUUCGGAGAAGAUUAAGGCCUUCGGAGUGGCUUAAAAAAACAACAACAACUUCCUUCGUGUUCGUCCUUGCCUCCGUCGCCAUCUUCGUUUUCGUCUUCUUUGUAAUUCCCCAUCGUCCUCUUCCCUUUUCUUCGUCGUCCUCUUCCAUUCCUUCGUCAUCGUCUUCGUCUU